CUAGACUUGCAUAAUUGACUUUGGCUUUGAACGUUGAUUUCACUAAGUCGUCAGAAUCAGCUGCGGCUGUUAUCUGGUGUGUUUAGUAUCAGCGCCGGUGGCGGGUGGAUUUGGAUUAUGUGCUCUGCGGCCGGCGUGAUUGAGCUCCAAUAAUUUGGCAAUUUCCUGUAUCUGGUCGCUCAUCCAGCGCAGUCGAAAGCAACCCCAUUUCAAUAUGAGCUCUGGGAAGCUAGUGAAGAACCUUAGUCGCUUCCGAUUAAUAACAUUCGACGUGACGGACACUUUGCUGCAAGCCAAAUUCCCAGCGGGCGUCAAAUAUGCCAAGACUGCGGAAUCACUAGGAUAUGGAAAUAUUGACCCGACCCUCCUCAACCAGCACUUCCGCGUGGAAUUCAAGAGAAUGGCGCGGUUGUAUCCGAACUUCGGACGACAAACCGGUGAACUUCACUGGAAAGAUUGGUGGCGACUUCUGCUCUACUCAAUUUUCAUUAAAGCUGGCACUAAUAUCCCCGCCGAAGACUUGACAGUGAUCACUAAUACUUUAAUUACCCAAUAUAGAACUUCAGAAUGUUGGAAUAAAUGCGAAGGCACUGACGAGCUGUUGCAAAGUUUGAAAGAGCUGGGCAAGAAGAUCGGAAUUAUUUCAAACUACGACCCAAGUUUACACAAAAUUAUAGGCGAAAUGGAUCUACCAAAGUUCGACUUUGUGUUAACAUCGUAUGAGAAAAACGUUCUUAAACCUGGUAGUGAAAUUUUUGAUGAAGCCUUGAAACUGGCUAGGGUUACAAAGGACCAGGCAUUGCAUAUAGGUAACACCCUGGAAACGGACUAUUUAGGAGCACUGAAUGCCGGCUGGUGUAGUGUGCACAUAACCAACAAAUCGGACAAAUGGAAGGAGCAUUCCAAUAUAAAUCCAGACCACGUUUAUCCUACUCUGAUUGACUUCCUGGAAAGUCUUAAUAGGGAUGAGAUUAAAUGGUGACGCUUAGGUUAGAUUUCAAGUGCACGAGUAUGCUGUGCAUAAGUUUGUGCUCUUUAGAAAAUUAUAAAAUUGCUAAUUGGUUAGUGAAUGAUAUUUAUUGCAAUCGUUAAUAAAAGUUUUUUUUUUAUUUGUGAUUUGUA